GUUUCCGGUAACUUGACGCCGCGGUGCUUCCUGCUCCUCUCCGUGCUGUGUCGGUAGGAUCCGGUACAGACGCAGUAAACCCGGUAAACCCUGCGGACUCUGCGGGGUGUUGGCGGGUUGUGGAGGCCGGAGGUUCCGUUACAUCACCGGGACAGACGGCGGGAAAAUGGCGAAGACGUACGACUAUCUGUUCAAGCUGCUGCUGAUCGGUGACAGCGGCGUCGGUAAAACCUGCCUGCUGUUCCGGUUCAGCGAGGACGCGUUCAACACCACGUUCAUCUCUACUAUAGGAAUCGACUUUAAGAUCCGGACGAUCGAGCUGGACGGAAAGAAAAUCAAACUCCAGAUAUGGGACACGGCGGGUCAGGAGAGGUUCAGGACCAUCACCACGGCCUAUUACAGGGGCGCCAUGGGCAUCAUGCUGGUGUAUGACAUUACCAACGAGAAGUCCUUCGACAACAUCAGGAACUGGAUACGCAACAUCGAGGAGCAUGCGUCUUCAGACGUGGAGCGAAUGGUUCUGGGAAACAAAUGUGACAUGAACGACAAGAGACAAGUGUCCAAAGAGAGAGGAGAGAAGUUGGCGAUCGAUUACGGGAUCAAGUUUUUGGAAACCAGCGCGAAGUCCAGCAUCAACGUGGAGGAAGCCUUCAUCACACUCGGCAGAGACAUCAUGAGCAGACUGAACAGAAAAAUGAGCGACAACAACCCGCCUGGCGGCGGCGGGCCGGUUAAAAUCACAGAGUCUCGCUCCAAAAAAAGCCUCUUCAGGUGUUCGCUGCUGUAGGCGGAGCCUCUGGCCGACCACCUCUUCUUCCUCCUCCUCUUCUUCUUCGUCUUCCUCCGGCUGCUGCAGAGCUGGACCCGCCAGGACGCUGCGCCGCUCCGCCGGCCGGCGACGACCAACAGCAGCUGGAAACAUGAAGAAACAUUUUCACUGAACCUGCAGAAAAGUUUCUGCUUCUCAAUCAGCUCCGAUCUGCCUCUCUGCACGCCGCCGCCGCCGCCGCCGCCGCCGCCUUCUGGUCUUAUAGCGUUUUGCCGUCAGCAGCAGGUGGAGGCGACUCUGCAGACGCAGCGAACUAACUCAUGUUAAAAAUUUAUUGUUUUAAUGAAAGAAAAUGAUGAUGACUUGAAUGUCAGAGAUGAAGAGGACUGUGUGACGUCCAAACACGUCAGAUCAUUUUCAGUUUUUUACCAAAGUGGAUUUGAAGUCGUCGGUUCGUCUGUUACAUGAAGUUUAUCUGUCACUUUUAUGUUUGUUAUGUUUGUUUCUAUAAUCUUUAGCAGCUGCAGCGACGCAGCGUUUCCUCCAAAGAUGAAACGAGUCGUUUGUUUCUGUCACGUUGAGCUGAAACUCUUUAGUUUGAUCAAAGCUACGGAGGCCUCAGUGUGCCAAAAUUAUAAUCACAAAAGAUUCAUAAUAAUCAGUUAUUACAUUUAAACAAUAAAGUACAUUAAAUAAUGAAUAUGAAUUAUUAAACCCAUCGUAAGAAAUAAAAGAUUAUAUUAGUGAAUUAAUAAUUUUAUUUUCCUUAUUCUGUCUUAAUAGGAUGAGAUUUAAAAUGAAUGUGAUUGAUUUUUAAAUUGUUUUUUUAAAGGCUGCCGGUCGGAUUAUUUGGCAUCUUUAAAUUAAAGUGAUCACAGGAUGUAAACUGUAAAUAUAAAAGCAGAGAUGGAAUAUUAACAGGAAGACACUUCAGUUCUGUUUGUUGUCAUAAAUACAUUUUUAGACUGAAACUCAAAUAAAAUUAUUAUUAAAUGUGCCAAUCACCAAUUUAAUACAACUUUUAUCACUUAAAAUGACAAUAAAUCAGCUUUUAAAUACGUUUCAACAGUUAAAAUAGUUUUUAUUGAAUUAUUAUAAUGUCUCCUGCUUUACUGUUUCAUCUCGUCAUCACUUUAUUUAAAUAAUUAAUUGAUUGUUGAUU